UUAAAAGUUCGCGUGCUUUGUUUUCGUAAAAAUGUAAAAAAUAUAUUACAAAACAUAUUCAAUAUUUCGUAAAAUGUCCGAAAAACUAAAGGAAUAUCAAGUUCUUGACGUUUUCUCUGGUGGUACGUUCUAUAAAGUAAGACACAAGGUCACUAACAACAUAUUUGCGUGGAAGGCGUUUAAUUGUUCCGCGUAUUCUGAUGAAAAAAUUCAAAACGCUGUAAAUGAAGUGAAAACGAUAAGUAAACUUCUGCCUGGAAGUUUCCUGAGAUACUUCGACACAAUCCUUCACGACCCUACGAAGACUCUGUAUGUUGUUCUGGAGUACAUAUCAUGGCAAAGUGUACAGGACCUAAUAACCGUCUGCAAGUCUACCGAUAAGUAUUUCAACGAAAAUUUCAUUUGGUACCUUUUACUGAACGUAGCGCGAGCUUGUAAAAUUGUGGAGAACAACAAUUUCAUAGCUUUAAGAAAAUGCCUAAGAGCCGAAAGUAUAUUCGUCGAUCAUGACUGUGACGUGCGCAUAAAUGGUUUCGAGCUGUGUUUGGAAGAAAAUGGUGCGGAAAGUCUCAUGCAUCAGUUGGGAGCACUCCUGCACACGAUCUGCUACCUACCAGGCGCCUGCGACGAUAAAAUAAAGCAAUUCAGAUACAGUACCGAUCUUGUGGAUGUCAUCAGUUUUUUGAGGGAUGAGAAGAAUAUUGGCAUCAAGUCCGACGUGAUUAUUUAUCAUCCUACAGUGCUAGCCAAUACAGAUGGAAACUCAAGGCCUACAUCAUUUUCUGACAUUCUGUUGUCCGCAGACUACAAAGACUCAAGCUUUGAAGCCAACAAAUGUGACUCUGAGAAAGCAGUAGAGCUAUGUAAUAGAAUUGAGCCUAUGCCUAGGUUGAGCAUAUUUGAUAGUCCUAUUUACUGCAAUGUUAUCUCCAAGAAGGCAUAUGAAGAGGACAUUGAAGAAUCAAAAUCAGAGAGAAAUUCUUUAUCACCGACUAUUGCUGCAUUGGCCUUAGAAUUGCCAGGAUUUGUGCCUAGAAGUAGGAAACCAAUAUCUCAAGCUCUGUGCCAUUAUGAGGGUCCUAAGCAAAUUUCUGAGGAAACACUGAGUCACCAGUGGAUGGCUCGCAUGAUUGCUCUUAGACAAAGAGAGGAGUCACUGAAUCAACGAGAAAGGGAGCUCAUUGCAAAGGAAAUUGUAAACAGUCCGACUACAAAGUUGGUUCCUCAUAAUGACUCUCUAGAAGAAGAGUGUUUCAGUAGCAAUGGAAUAACUUUGCCAGAAGUUAUAACCCGAGCGAGUGAAGUUCAAAAUAAUUGGGUGUCAAGAAGGAGGCAGAGAAAAUCAAGCUCAGUAAGACCUAAAGGCAGAAGGAAGAGCUAUGCUUACGAGGACUUGGACAGCUCCCUAUCUGCAGAUACCGGUGACAGCAGCAUGAUUAUAACUGCUACAAAGUUUACAAAAGACAACAUGCCCAGAAGAAAUAUUUUUCCUGAGACUAGUACUAAGAAAGUUCACUUUACUUCUACAAACCCAUUUGCUGAAAGUGAUGAUAGUGUUACAUUAACAUUUUAUGAAUUAGAAAACAAUGUAGAAGAAAAAACACUUCCGAAAAGUACUGAUUGUAGAGAUAUUAAUAAGUUCAAGUAUUUAGACACAGAAAAAAUAAAUUCGGAAAAGAGAAGUGCAAAAAACUGGGCUCAUUCAUCACCUUCAAAGCAAGCUAAGAUAUCAGGUAAAGCUUUUACAGAUAUAACAAAUAGGAAGAAUAUGAGAAAAACUCCAUCCAAAUCAAGUUUAACAUCUAAAACUUCUAAGACAUCUUGUCCUAGUGAGUGGAGCAUUGACUCAGGCAGAGCAAGUGGUAUUUCUAAUCAGUCUGGUGGUAGUCUAGCAUCUAAACAGGCCCUUGCUCAAACACCAAAAGCUCCACCUGAAUUCAAGAAAACUAAAACCCGAAAAUCGCUUUUGCCAUUCAAAACUCCUUUUAAGUUUAGAUCUACUUCUACUAAAGUAUAAAGUUAAUUAUAUGCGAGUGUAAUGUAUUUUACACUUCUUACUUUGUUGCCAUGCAUAGCAAUUAAGAUUUUUUAAUAUUGGUACUAGCUAUAAGUUUGGUUGUGGAUUUACCUUGAUAACUUCUGUUUAAUCCUAUACUUUUGGAUUUUUUCUGUAAGAUUAUAAUAUAGAAUGUAAGAAAAUAACGGACAUGAACCCACCUUAACUCCUAGAUUUUAAAAAUUUUAUUAUAUUAUUGUCUAAGAUAUUAACAAUUUUAUUAGUUUAUAAGAGUGUAUAGAAUCUUUUCAUCCUUUUCAUAUUACAUUUUAGUCUCUUUGUCUUCCAGAGAAUUAAAUCGAUAGUAGUACAUA